AUGGUUCACGGUGGUUUAAACAAGCGGCGCGUGAGGGUCAACCCUCCAAGCCGUCGAUCCACCACCAAGAAAUUCAAACCUCCGGUGUCUCUCAAAAACCAGAUUCGAUCUGCAGAACGCAUGCUCCGAAAGAAUUUGCCAUUGGAAGUUAAAGCAGCACAGGAGCAGAAGCUGGAAUCACUGAAGAAACAGCAGGAGGUUCACAACCGCCUAGCUUUGGAACGGAAGAUAUUCUUGCGCGACAAGAAGAUUAAGUUCUUUGAGAGGAGAAAAAUUGAACGGAGAAUUAGACGGUUGGAGAAGCUUCAGCGUGCUUCGGCGUCUUCUUCCCCUGACCAGCUUGCUUCUCUUAAACAUGAUCUUCAAUAUGUUAUGUACUUUCCCAAGAAUGAGAAAUAUGUUCCUUUAUUUUGUGGAAGUGACGAUCAAGAGAUAGUUGACAAGCGAAAUGGGCUGCGCAAACAGAUUGAAGAAAGGUUAUCUGCUGCUGCUGCAAGUGGCAAGGAUUUAGAAGAGACUGGCAGCGAAGAUGACGGGCUUUUAGAUCUCAGUGAUGAUGAUUUUUUCGUUGCUGGAAGUUCUAGUGAUGAAGCUGAUGCCGAUGAUGAAUUGACAGACAAAAGCACCAGAGAGCAGGCUUCUAGUGCUUCUGGAAAAGCUUUGUCCGGCGGCAUGUCCAGCGAUGAAAAAAAUCAGAGGCAUAUUUCUGCUAGAACUUUGAUGCCUCCUCCUCGCCCUUCAAACAAGAUGUCAAGAUUUGGAUCAUCUUCUGGCCAAAAUUCAUCUAAACAGAGAUCUGAGUUUUCUACAUUCAACAACACAUCAAACAACAAAAGCAGCUCAGACUUCAGAGUAAGGGAAAGGUUUGGAUCAUCUUCAGGCCAAACUUCAUCUAAACAGAGAUUUGAUAUUUCCACACCCAGCAACACAUCAAAUAGAAAUAGCAGCUCAGACUUCAGAGUAAGGGAACCUUCAAGAUCAGGGACAAGUCAUGGCAGUAGUAUAAGCUCCAACUCUGAUGCUCACAAGCCUCGAAGAAAGAGAAGACCCAAGAAGAAGAAGCAGGCAUGA